AUGAAUCCUGGAAGUGUCCCCGGCAUUCCCUCUAGCCUGCCGAUCCUGAAGCCAGGCGAUCCGGUUCCUGGACCUGGACCUUGGGCGCAGUAUAUCGCACGUCUACCUUGGUCUGUUGUGAAGGAAGGGGACCUUGUCAAGUCCGUGUUCGUCAAGUUCCUGAUACUUCAGGUGAAGAUACGCGAGCCAGUUGUCCGACCUACAAUGGGCCUUCAGCCUGAGCGCUGGAACGAGGACCUAGGAUCAAACGUCCACAAUGUUGAGGCAGUUUUUGUUCAGAUGGUGAGACUUGAGACAGCUGUGCGUUAUGACCACUGCCUGGCGGGGCGAGGAAUCUUUCCUCUGUGUGUGGUUGUUGAUGAGCCCGGAUUUCCCAAGUCUUGUGGUAACUGCAUGUACGGUGGAAAGGGUGGGAAGUGUACGAUCCUCCACCACGGCCAGAGUCAGCCAGUCAGCGUGCCUAACGCUGGAGUCUAUGGGGGUAUGGUGACCACUGUGUCUUCGUCCGCGUCCGCUACGCACCUUCGAGCUGAGAUGAUGGCAGGUCUUGAUAGCUUGGCUACCAAGCUACAUCAGCUAUCAAUCCUCCAGGAACGCCAGGCCGCCGCCAUUGCCGACCACGAAUCCGCAGCAGAAAGCGCCUCGACCGCCCUGCAGGAUGUCCAGUCCCGCGCUGACCAAACCUUGCCUGUUCGGCGCAACGACGUCGUCCGUAUCCGAAACUCUCUUCAGGAGACGAUCCACACCGCGUCGCGUGUGAAGUCCACCACCGACGCCGUCACAUUCAAGUCAAACAGUAUCAAAGAAGAUGUGGAGGAUCUUCGUUCCCGCUGCGCGUAA